AUGGAGACAAAUAUAGUUAAGGCAAAGGGGUGUCACUUUGUGAUGGUGCAUGGAGCAACCUUUGGGGACUGGUGUUGGUAUCAAGUUACAGAUCUUCUUCUCAAAGCGGGCCACACUGUAUCUUCCAUUGACAUGGCAAGCGCAGGUAUUGAUCCUACAAAUGCCGACACCAUUUCAUCCUUACAAGAGUACAAUCAGCCACUCACAGACUUCUUUACAGCUCUUCCUUCUGAAGGAAAGGUUAUAUUGGUUGGCCACAGCGCUGGUGGAUUCAAUUUGAGUUUUACCAUGGAGCGUUUUCCACAUAAAAUUGCUGCAGCUGUAUUUGUUACUGCUGCCAUGCCCCUCAGUGGAACGACUCUCCCUGAGUUGAUGAAUGAGGAUCUGACGUUGUGGGAGUCGCUGGAAAAGAAAUGUCCAAUAUGGCAAGAACCUCUUUUGUAUACAGCUAAAAACUAUGGAAGUGUUAGGAGAAUAUUUGUUGUGUCGAAGGUGGAUAAGGUUAUUGUGGAGGCGUUCCAGAGAAAGAUGAUUGCAGAGAAUCCUCCAAAAAUGGUAUACGAAAUUGAAGGAUCUGAUCACACCGUAUUCUUCUCUAAGCCUCUUCAACUGGCUGAGGUGCUCAUGAAAAUUGCUAAUACGAGUGUGUGAAAGUGAAGCAAUCUGCUGCAGAUGGAUUUUAGUAUAGUUUGUAAUAUCUAGAAAUCUUCGAAUAUACUUGUCAGAUACAACUUUGUAAUGGUUCUCUUCAACUCCCUAGGCU